AUGUCAAAGGUGAUCGCUGUAACAGGAGCCACUGGCUCUCAGGGGGGUGGCGUCGUGAAUGUGAUGAAGAAAACACCGGGAUGGAAAGUCAGAGCAAUCACACGGAAUGUCGACAGCGAUUCUGCGAGGAAGCUCGCAGCUGACGGCGUAGAAGUUGUCGCGGCUAGCUUUGACGACGAAGACUCGUUGCUCAAGGCAUUCGAGGGUGUUUAUGCUGUAUUUGCUGUGACAAACUGGUGGGAACACCUGUUCAGCGGCAAGUCUCAAGAUGAAGCUGGCGUACUCGAGGAAGAACAAGGUAUGAAGAUCGCGCGAGCUGCAGCCAGGACCACAACGCUGGAGCACUACAUCUGGUCAACUUGCCCGAGCGCUAAGAAGAUUCUUAAGGGGGACAACGUAGCCCCCCACAUGGACUACAAGGCUAAUGUCGACGAUCGCAUCAAAUCCGAGCUUCCCGAGCUCGCAAAGAAAACCACGUAUCUUAUGUUUGGUUAUUACCCUCAAAACCUUGCUUUCUUUCCGCUACUUAAGCCGAUCGCAUAUGAAUCUGGGUACGCCAACGUAGCCCUUGAGAAGUGGACGUUCCAAGAAAUGGCAGAUGUCUGGUCUCAAGUCACUGGGAAGAAAUGCAGCUUCGUCCAGUGUUCCCCAGAGGAUUGGACCGCACUGUGGGGGCCGGCCGGUCAUGAGCUCGGGCUCCAGUUCAAGUUUGGCGAGCUAUGUGAUCCGUGGCAGGAAACAGAUGAACAUAUUAGCGCUGAAGAGCUAGGGAUUGAUGUCAAUGAGGUGGUUGGGUUCAAGGGUACAAUCGAGGGCCUCAAACAUCUAUUCUAG